CAAAAAAUAUUCUGAUAAGAGUGUUUUCCAACAAUGAUGUAAUGAAAUAGUGACAAUUUAAGUUUGAAACAGUAAAGCCUGUUUUUAGGCUAUUAAGGAAAUAUAAUUUAGCCAAAGAAGAACUUUUAUUUUAAAUAAAUGUUAAUUUGUAAACAGCCUCCUUCAGUGUGAUAUGUUACCAUAUCAUCAUGCUUAAAAACUGAGAAUUUGAAUAAUUGUAAUGUGAUGAUCAGGUACAAUAUCUAAAUCAUCGGGCGGUUGGUGGUGGGUGGAUGAUUUAUUUUUGACAGUGGAUUCAUGUGCAAGUCAAUGCACAGACCUUUUCUUUGUUCAAUUUGACUGAACAUGGGUUGGAGCUCUUUAUUUUGAACUCUCAAAGUGCACCAGAUUAAUGAAUUUAUCUUUAAAAUGUACAAAAUUUGCUUGCGGGGGAGCAUAGAUCCCCUAGAGGGAUCAAGGAUCAAAACAAAAACAUUUCCCCCCAUUUUGUGUCCCCCCACUUCUCAAACCAGUUACACCCUUGAUGACAUUUCAAGAAUAUUAUUGCUAUUUGGUGGAAAUCAAAUGUACUGUAAAUGUUUAACCACUAGAUGUAACAGUCAUAAGCAUGAAGCAAAACUGAAUGAAGACAAUUAAGAGAUGUAAAUAGUUAGAUAUUAUUAAUUUGUGUUACUUUGUUUACCAAUUACAAUUUUGCCAAAAAAAAAAAAAAAAAUGCUCUUGCAAAUCAUGUUAUCUUAUCACUCACCCCACAAUAAUAACCAGCCUGUGAUGUUUUUAAAACCUAUAAACGCCCCUGGCUCUGACCCUUUCCUCUUGCCAUCAUACUGCAUAACAUUGCAUUAUCGUCUUUCUCCACCAGGUGGAGCCAAGCGUUGAACUGAACAUGCCACUGUGAUGCCGAGGUUGAUUCUCCACAUCGAGUCCGAGGCGAGAUACACUGGGCGGGUCUACAAACGGACGCUGAGGAUGCUUGAGCAUCCAUUAUCAACAAUCUUGACUUUAUUAAAAAUAUAACAGCAUCACGUUCUUUUAUUUAAUAAGCAUCGCUUUAGUUGGCUUUCACAGGAAUUUCUCCGAGAGUGGCAAAAGGACAGUGGAAAUAGUCGUCUUUGUCUGACAAAACCUGAUAGAUUGUCAGUGUACAUCAACAAAUCGGCUAAUUUUGUCUAACUUUCCCUCAAAAAUCAAGUCAUUUUUACAGCUUUAUCUUGUUAUUUCAUUGUUUUUAAACAAGCUUGAUGGGCCUUUUCUAACGGUGGAUUCAUAAAGGAUAUCUUAAAGGCUUUGUAACGUCUCUGACGUCAUUUGCGUUUAUUAUUAUUCUCUGAUAUCAGCAGGGUACUGUCGUUUUGUGCAAACAGUCGCUGUUAAUGAAUUAAACUGCUUCGCAUUAAACGAUUUGCUAGGUAAUGAGUUAACCGCGACGUGAUCAUUUCUUUGUCACAGCUGAAAGACAAAGAAACAUCAGAACUGUUGUAACAACAGACAAACAGCUAGUAGAUGUUUUUGUCCCUCGUUGUUUACAUCAGCAAGAUUUGCCGUUAUUUCUCCAUGUUUAGCACCGACAGACUCACGGUUCCUGAAUAUGUCAGUAGCCGGCUACACAACCGGAGGACGAGCUCCGACCCCAGGGCUGUAUCUCCGGGGAUCAGCACCGAUGUCCAGGCCGCGUUGGACGUCUCUCUCCCUGCGUUGCGCUCCGCAAUCAAAACGCUGAAGUCUUCCAAAGACACUGGAGAUAUGGAAGAGACUCGCCGAGCCAUUGCUGAGACUUUCCAGCUGGUUGAGGAGGCCUGGGUCCUGCCCACAGUGGGCCGACAGGUAGCAGAGGAGAUCUGCAUCAGGAUCCGGCUGGAUGGAGGUCUGGAGCUGCUCUUGCAGUUGCUGCAGACACCUGCUGUAGAAAUCACAUAUGAGUCUGCCAAGCUGCUUGAGCAGGUAUUGGUCUCAGAAAACAGGGAUUAUGUGGCACGUAUGGGCCUUGGGGUCAUACUGAACCUGACCCGUGAGCAGGAGGAUGCCCAGCUGGCACGAAGUGUGUCGGGCAUCCUUGAGCACAUGUUUAAACACACAGAGGAGACGUCUGCGCAGCUCAUCACUAACGGAGCACUGGACACCCUCCUGUAUUGGUGCCGUGGAACAGACCCAACUGUACUGCGGCACUGCGCUGUGGCCCUGGCAAACUGCGCCAUGUAUGGUGGGCACCGCUGCCAGCGUCUGAUGAUCGAAAAACAGGCGGCCGAAUGGCUGUUCCCUCUGGCGUUCUCCAAAGAGGACGAACUGAUCCGAUUCCAUGCCUGUCUGGCUGUGGCUGUGCUGGCGGCUAACAGGGAGAUUGAGAAAGAAGUGGUGAAGUCUGGUACUCUGGAGCUGGUGGAGCCCUUCAUCGCUUCGUUAGACCCUGAUGAGUUUGCACGCAACCUUUUGGACAGCGCAGACAGCAUGCAGGGCCGCACGGCUGCAGACCUGCAGCACUUGCUGCCCCUGCUGGACGGCACACGUCUUGAGGGGAAAUGCAUCGCCGCAUUCUACCUGUGUGUGGAGACUAGUAUCAAGUCUCGGCAACGUAAUACCAAGAUAUUUCAGGAAAUUGGGGCUGUUCAGAGUCUAAAGAGGAUCGUCAUGUACUCCAGUAAUGGGACUGUCUGCUCACUGGCUAAGCGGGCCUUAACAAUGAUGAGCGAGGACGUCCCGAGGCGUAUCCUGUCAUCUGUACCCAACUGGAAGAGCGGAGAGGUGCAGACCUGGCUGCAGCAGAUUGGCUUCAGUGCAUUCAGUGAACGGUUUCAGGAACUGCAGGUGGAUGGAGAUCUGCUGCUCAAUAUCACAGAACAGGAUCUGAUCCAGGAUCUGGGCAUGACUUCUGGGCUCACUCGCAAGAGGUUUCUUAGAGAUCUGCGUGUACUGAAGACCUACGCCAACUACUCCACAUGUGACCCCAAUAACCUGGCAGACUGGCUGGCCGAUGUAGACCCACGAUUCCGUCAGUACACGUACGGCUUAAUUCAGUCUGGAGUUGAUCGGAACAAUAUUGCCCACAUUACAGACCAACAGUUGCUGUCUGACUGCCAUGUAGAGAAUGGCAUCCAUCGUGCCAAGAUCCUUUCUACCGCCCGCCGUCCUGCUAAACCCUGCUUAACUGAUUCCCAGCCCACGGGCCCUGAUGUGUUCAUCAGCUACCGUCGCACUACAGGUUCACAGCUUGCCAGCCUACUGAAGGUGCAUCUACAGUUACGUGGUUUCAGCGUCUUCAUCGACGUGGAGAAACUGGAAGCCGGGAGGUUCGAGGAGAAGCUGAUCACGAGUGUGCAGCGAGCACGAAACUUCAUCUUGGUGCUGUCAGCCAAUGCGUUGGACAAGUGCAUGGGUGACGUGGCAAUGAAAGACUGGGUUCAUAAGGAGAUAGUCACGGCUCUGAAUGGGAAGAAGAACAUCGUUCCUGUCACUGAUAACUUUGUGUGGCCUGAUCCGGCCUCUCUGCCAGAGGACAUGAGCACCAUUCUCAAAUUUAAUGGCAUUAAGUGGUCCCAUGAGUAUCAGGAAGCCACUAUCAACAAGAUUCUGCGCUUCCUCAAGGCAUGCCCCAGCCAAGAACAACCAGAUGCUGCAAAAACAGACAAAAAAGAGCCAGAAAAGGAAUAAUGUUGCAUUAAGUAAUUGCCGUCAUGUAACCAGAACACACCUGUUACCCCUCAGAGGCCAGUGUUUCCUUUGGUUGUAUGCAUGUAGCUGGUCUAGAUAGAUUACUGUUGAAUUUUCUUGGGAGAAAAAGAUAUAAAUGUAACUUACUCAGAGAUGCAGUAGAACUUUAAAGGGUUAGUUCACCCAAAAAUGAAAAUUCUGUCAUUAAUUACUCACCCUCAUGUCGUUCCACACCCACAAGACUUUCGUUCAUCUUCGGAACACAAAUGAAGAUCUUUUUAAAGAAAUCUGAAUGAUUUCUGUACCUCCAUUGACAACUAUGUAAAACGAAGUGGUUUAGUCCAAAAUUUUCAGAAGAAACAUGAUCGUGGGUUUGGAACGACACGAGGGUGAGUAAUUAAUGACAGAAUUUUCAUUUUUGGAUGAACUAACCCUUUAAAGGUGCGGUUGCAUUAGGGAAAUUAGGGACAGACCAAAAUAGGUCUGUCACCUUUCAAUGGCGAUGUAUGAUACACAGCUCAGACGGAGUCACUUUCAAACAAAGCAGCAUUCUGCUGACUUGAAACCCGUUGUCAAAUCUGCAAAGGGAAAUCUUUCGCCCUCACACAAAAUUUGCAAUUGCGUGGAUUCCUGUUGUAAUGACUGGAGUUCCCCAAACAACAAUAAAUGUGAUGCACCUUAAAGAUUCUAAGUUAUUAACAGCUUAUAUCUGUAGACAGCAUUUUUGGCACUAAAUAACACUGAAUAUUCCUCAAUUGCAGUAUAGUAAUCAUACUAUGUGCUGACCAUGUUCCCAGAAUUGUGUGGGACAUUUCUGUAACUCAGGAAGUUAAAUCGAUUUCUGCAUUAUCAAUCGUAUUUAUGACAUCAGCAUAAAGCAUAGUCAUUCUCUGUUUAUAUUAUAGAUAAUACUAGAUAAUCUUGCAUUAUAGCAUUAUCAGUUGGAACUAUUGAAAAAAAGCCUUAUGAAACACUAAUUUUUUAAUUUUUUUUUUAUAAAUGGUUUGCAGUAGGUUACUCAGGCGUGAAAAAUACUGUAGCUCCAUAAAAAUAGUUUGUUUUUACAGGUUUGUGCAGUUUAAGUUAUGUUAAAGGUAGGGUAGGCAAUUUUUCUAUGAACACAUUUUGUUAUACUGGUUGAAACUCUCUUCACAUCCUGACAGCAAAUAGUAAUAGUGGUCUAAAUAUUAAAUCAUGUACAUAUAUCUUUUGUGGAAGUCUUAGGAUCAAAAAAUGUUCGUCCAAUCAUUGCAUGCAAUGAUACGAUGUGCUUCCUGCCUGUCAACAUAUGUAUUUCCAUACCUCUGUGCUCCUGCUCGCGCAGACUUCACACGUCAUUAUGCGUUUCUGUGUCAACACUAUCAAUGCCGAAAUGAAUCUGUAGCAGUCAGGUGGUACAACUAGAGCUCUGUAAGUUUACGUUCAUUAUUAUUGUAACGCUUUUCAGACUCUGCUGUGUGCAUUCAUGUUUUGAAGGAGCUGUGGCUUUGGAGACGCUCUGAAGGGAGGGUGGGAUCUUAUGCUUUCAAAGCUAGCUUGCUAUUGCUAGCCUCUCUGAAAUUGCCUACCCUACCUUUAAGUUAUUAUAUUAUGUACCUUGCAUCAUUCACAAAACAAAUUACAUUUUUCACCUCUAAAUCAUAAUGGUUAUUAAACACCUCAUGCAGUAUUAGGAAAAAAUCCUUUUAGACAGUUACAUGACUUGAAAUACUGCUGUAGAGGCUUUCUUAGGAUUUGCAGGAAUAUUAUGCAGCAGAUUUGAGUCAUUGGUACAUUUUCAGACACUGUGAAGAUGCAACAGGUCAAGGAAAAUGCUAAUGAAUAUUUACUAACACCUCUUGACACCUCAAGCUUUAUCCUGCUAUUGAGCUCCUUACUGUUGCCUUAUUAUGUUUGUCAGUCUGUCUUUCAUGUUAUACAACAUGUAAAAUCUGUACAAUGAAAUAUUCUUUUUGGAGAAAUAAACAGCAAUAAAGCUUGUUUUGGAAAACAUCUCUUUAUUCUGCAGGUCCAAAUGUGUCACACACACACACAAAAAAAAAAUUUUACAUGUCACACUGUAUUCAAAUAUUCUAGUACAAAACAGCCAAUUUGACACUUUCCGACAAGCACAAAGCACUAGAUGUGAUUUUCACUUCCUGUUGGUAUACUGCAAACGUCAAAACACCGAGAGAAACGAUUUGACACUUCAGAUGUAAUUUUCACUUCCUGUUAGUAUACUGCAAACAACAGACAAAACAAGCCAUAAUUGCAAGAGUCUUCUCUCACAUUCAUGUAAUUUUCAGAUGUCAAGAACACAACUAACACGGGGAAGCAUUUAAAUGUGUUGAAUUAAUUAGAGUAAUAAUAGAAUGUUUAAUUAAUUGUCUUCAAUAACAAGUCUAACAGUCAUACGAGUAGCUUAGAUCAGUACUAGUGUACACCUGAGAAGGGCGGUGAGAGUGUAUAGAUGCUGAAGACAUGGUGCUCAUGUGUGGUUUGAGGUAGUGUUAGCUUCUUGAUAGGAUGCCAUCACCAUACUUUGAGAGGGAAAUUACCUUGAAGGUGUUUGAAUUGACUGUGGUGAAGAAGUCAGAUUAGUAGGCACUGAGAUUUUCCAUGACAGGCUGCAUUAAAAAGGUUGAUAUUAACAUGCAAUGAUUUUCCCUGAUACACCAGUGAGACAUGACAGGUUUCUCAAACACUGCCCCGGACCCCACCGGUCAGCAGAUAAUUCUGACCAAAACACAUGCCAUUGGUUGAGCUAAUGUUGCUGUGUCAUUCUGGGGAGGAUGAAACAAUGUUUUGAUAGCACCACAGAGUCACAGUGUCUACACUUUUUGGGAAAUCCACAUACCUAUGUCUUACUUAAAGCCAUCUCCAAACACAUCCACAUUAAAAAAAAAAAAAAAAAAAAA